AUGGCUACCACGCUGCCGACUGAUCUACAAAGCUCCAUUGACUUUGUCAACUAUGCCAGCCGCAAGCUCACCUACAUCGCCCUCAUCAGCGGAAGGGAGAAUCGCGUCGCCAACAUGACGCCGGAACUCAAGCAGCGUGCAAGAGUCCCUCGCGUCCUCGAAGUGGUCUUCUCCGACCCUAAGUUCCAAUUCCCUCCCGAGUACAAGACCAGAGCGGAAGCACUCUACGACAAGUUCAACGCCGAGAACUGGGGUGCUCCAAUUCCUCUUGUGACUGAAGACUCCGAUCCAGACUCAGUCGCAGAUGUUCCUGAUUCGACUCGAGAGGGAGAAGCCACGACCAAGAGACGAAAGUCGACAGUCGUGGCCAAAGGAGCCUACACCAUCCUCCAACCCGCAGAGAACCAUCCCGUUUGGGGUCUCAACGGCAUCAUGCACGGCAUCACCCUCCGCAAAUACCGCGACACAGGCAAAUACACAAAAGUCCUAAACCCUCAGUACCUGCACGAGAAACGCAAUGCCAAAGUCUACGGCCACAAUGGCCUCGAGGUUGGCAGCUGGUUUCCAGAACGUCUCGCCGCAAUCUUCGCCGGAGCACACGGAGCCAGAAUCGCGGGAAUCUCGGGCAUCGCAGAGACUGGUGCCUGCUCCAUCGUCAUCAGCGGCAUGUACGAAGACCUAGACCAAGACGAAGGCGACAUCGUGUACUACUCUGGUUCCGGUAGCCACGAAAACAAAGAUAAAGACCGAUCGGCUGAGACGACCCGGGAUACGAAUAAAUUACACACCUCGAUUUUUACAAGACGGCCGGUGAGGGUGUUGAGAACUAGUAAGGCUCGGGGUGAGUACGCACCCAUUGAGGGUGUGAGGUAUGAUGGACUUUAUGAAAUUGUGGGAUUUGAUGAGCCUAUCAAUAGGAAUGGUGGGAAGUACGAACGCUUUAAACUGGUGAGGAGAGCUGGGCAGAAAUCUUUGAAGGAGUGUAAGAAGAGACCGACGUGGCAGGAGUUGAAAGAUUUUAACCAGAUCAACUUCGGGUUUGGGGGUUAUCGAUUGAUUCGUUGA